AAUGCGCCUGCGAUACUCCGUAUAGAGUUCAAUCAAAUGUGGUUGUCUGCUGACUACGUCAUCAUUUGAGUUAAUCGCUCUCCCAUUAGAGUACCUUCGGCCGAUGAGCAUUUCAGUGUCAGCUCAACAGGUUGGUUACCAUCAUGUCGAAAUUAUAAGUAGUCAGGCAGGCUCACAUCAAUCACUUCAAUAAUCACUUCCAUUACUUCUACAUAUCAGCUACCAUAUUUCUGGAUAUUUAAUAAUAUCUAUAAUGUCUGCAAUCAGUAUUCCGAAAGGCCCUAUCAACCUGGCCGGCCUUCUCUUCCAGCCCUCUACCCAGACUGCUACCAAGACAUCCGCCCUGAUAAUUGUCCAUCCCGGUGGCGGUGUCAAGGAACAGACCGCCCAACUAUACGCAAAGAAACUGGCGAACGCCGGUUUCACAACUGUCGCCUACGAUGCGUCCUACCAGGGCGCCAGUGGCGGAGAACCCCACUUCCUCGAAGACCCGAACGAGCGCGUGAGCGAUAUCUACGCCGUGAUCGAUUACCUCCAAAACCUCGAUAAUGUCGACUCCGAGAAGAUUGGUGUCUUGGGUAUCUGUGCUGGGGGUGGUUAUGCAGCCGCAGCGGCCAAGGGAGACCAUCGGUUGAAGGCCUUGGCUACGGUUAGUAUGGUCAACAUCGGAGAUUCCGCUCGCAAGGGCUGGGAUGGAGAUGAGGACCCUUCGAAGCAUGUCGAGGCACUUCGUGCCACUGCAGCCCAGAUUACCGCCGAAGCCAAAGGUGCCGAGCGCGCCGCCGCACCCUACGUGCCCCCACAGCCUGACAACACAACCCCGAGGGACAUGCGAGAGGCUAGCGACUAUUACCUUACCCCACGUGCACAGCAUCCCCGCGCCCAGAAUAAAAUGCUGUACCUCAGCUUCCCGCGGGUGCUUACUUUCGACGCCUUCCACCUGGCGGACGUGUUCCUGAAGCAGCCCGUCCUGCUCAUCGCUGGUGACAAGGCGGGAUCUCUCUGGCAUACCGAGCGAUUGGAUAAGCUGAUUGGUGGUGCAGCAAAGAAAGUCAUUGUUCCAAACGGAGCGCACAUGGACUUUUAUGAUAACGAGGCUUAUGUCGGGCCAGCCGCUCAGAAUGUUGCUGAGUUCAUGAAUCAGCAUCUCGUCUAGUGGCUCUGCGGUGUUCUAUAGAGUACUUUAUAGCAAUGUAAUGAAAUUCAUAUAUACAAUAACUUAGCACAUAUACAAAAGUACCCUGAAUGAGGACGUCUAACUGGAAAUGAUCUUCGGAGUCUUUAGGGCUGUGUCUUUGGAAUACCUGACGAGGUCUGAUGUGUGACAGCAUAUCUACAGCAGUAAAAGCAUCGGCCAAUCUAACAGUCGACUAUGCUCCAAC